UGCAAAAGUUGUGGUCCCAGCUACAGGUGUGGCCUCUGCCACAGAUAUGGUCCCAGCUACAGGUGUAGUUCCUGUCACAGGUAUGGUCCCUGCCACAGAUGUUGUCCCUGCUACAGGUGUGGUUCCUGCCACAGGUGUGGUCCCUGCUACAGGUGUGGUACCAGCUACAGGUGUGGUUCCUGCCACAGGUGUGGUCCCUGCUACAGGUGUGGUUCCUGCCACAGGUGUGGUCCCUGGAACAGGUGUGGCCCCUGGAAUAGGUGUGGUCGCUGCCAAAGGUGUGGUCCCAGCUACGAAUGUAUUUUCCUGCCACAGGUGUGGUCACUGGAACAGGUGUGGUCCCUGCCACAGGUGCGGUCCCUGCCACAGGUGUGAUCAGCACUUUGGGUGUUCUGCUAGGCGUCUUAUUAGAGAUGUUAGGUGUAGGAAUGUUAGGGACCUCAGGUGUUAUAGAAGGCGUCGCUGUUAUGACAGCCUUGUCUCUGGUGUGAGCCCCAGGUGUUGUCCCAGCAUUAAGUGUUCUAGCAGCCUUAUCUGUGGCCACAGCCACAAGUGA